UCGCACGGCUCGCAGAAUUUUCUGUUGUUGAUUUUUCGCUCUUCUAAUUUUGUUAGCCGUUUAGGACCUUCCAUCAUCCAUUUUAGCUUGGAAGAAGUUAGUGCAAAUAGUUUUCUGUGUAUUUUCCCUAAAAUGAACCUGUGAUUGUCACCGUUCCAAUAUGAGCUCCGCAAACAAGUGUCUACUUCGAAGUGUCACCAACUCUCACAGCUUCAUAGAGCUGCCCCACAAUCAAAAAAUCGCUCUCGGAAGAAACCCAUUAACGCAGGUCGUUGAUAAGAGAUGCUCCAGAGAACAAGUGAUAGCAAUUGCCGACUACAGCAAAAACGUGUUGAGCAUCAAACAAGUUGGCAAUAAUGACUCUGGUGCAAAUGGCAAACCAAUUACCAAAAACAAAGAGGUGCUGCUACAACAUGGAGACAGGCUUGAACUUUUGGUGGGAUACCAUAUUUACAGGGUUGAAUUUGACCCCCCACCACGAAAUAUUGUCAAAGAAGCCCAGCUUAGACAGACCUCGGAAGAACCGCCUGCCAAACGACCUCACCUGGAAGCUGCUUUGAACGGAUCGCAUUCAAAUUCUGUUAAAGUUGAAGAAUUGGUGGUCCAAAAAGGACAAUGGCAUUCAAUAAAGAACUCGGCACUCCUUAUCUAUGACUCGCCAAGUGUUGAAAGUAGAAGCAAGAUUGCUGCGUUUGAUCUAGAUGGUACUCUGAUAUUGACUAAGUCCGGCAAAGUGUUUCCUGUGGAUAGAUAUGAUUGGAAGUUUUUCCAUCCCGAUAUCGUUCAAAAGCUUCGCAAACUCUGGAGUGAAGAAAAUUACAAGAUAGUCGUUUUCACCAACCAAAAUGGCCUUGGCAAGAGUGUGCAAACUUCAGCUAAAACUAAAGAAUUUCAGUUAAAGGUAGAAAAGGUUGUGGAAGAACUGAAAAUACCUGUACAAGUUUUUGCAGCAACUCAACAAGAUAUUUUCCGCAAACCAGCUCCUGGAAUGUGGAAUGUAUUGGUGAAGGAGAUGAAUUCGGGGAUUGAAAUUGACAUGGGAAACUCUUUCUAUGUGGGUGAUGCAGCCGGAAGGAAUGUGAACUGGGCACCUCACAAAUCGAAAGAUUUUUCGGCAGCAGACCGUCUCUUUGCAUUAAAUCUGGGACUCAUCUUUUACACUCCUGAGGAAUAUUUCUUCAAACAAUUUAAAGCUCCUUACUCAUUGCCCGCAUUCAAUCCACGAGACCUAUCACCCUCUACACCGGUUUUUGAAAAUACGGAUGAUAAGAAGCUUUUCCCUCCGCAUCAAGAAAUCAUAAUCAUGGUUGGUGCCCCAGGUUCGGGCAAGUCCUUUUUUGUGAAAAAUUAUCUGGUUCCGAAUGGAUAUGCUCAUAUCAGCCGUGACAAUUUAGGUACAUGGCAAAAGUGCGUUUCGGUGAUGAUUGAUGCUAUUCAAGCGGGACAAAGUGCAGUCAUCGACAAUACCAAUCCUGACAAAGAGUCUAGAGAACGGUAUAUCAGCACAGCCCAAAAGUUUAAUGUUCCUUGUAGAGUGUUCGAGAUGAAUGUGUCAAAAGAGCAGUCCAAACACAAUAAUAAAUUCAGGCAAUUCACAGACUCAAACCAUAUUCCAGUGAAUGAGAUUAUCAUAAAUAGUUUCUUUGUAAAGUAUGAGGCUCCGUCUGUAGAUGAAGGCGUGGAAGAUAUUUUAAAAGUAAAUUUCGUCCCAAAGUUUGAAGACCCUCAACAAGAAAUACUUUACAAGAUGUACCUUAUUUAAGGAAACUUGCAGAAGCAGUAGCAGCCAAUUAGAGAUUGCACCUUACAAAAUCCUCACAUUUCAUUCUAUAAUUUUCUUCACCGUCACCAAGCAGCUCCAAAUUUGGCGAUAGCUUUAAAAUGAAAUCUAUCAGUUACUUUUACUUGUAUUUAUGACAUAUGUCUUGAAGUCCAUUGUGUCCAAAUUCAAAUACUACAAUAGUUAAGUAAGGAUUCAAGUCCAUCUCUCAAAAUUUAUCAAAGUUCUGUACUACUAUAAAUUACUUUAUAUUUAUUUUGUAUGUAAACAUCAUUAAUGCCUGACACUAAGAAAUAAUCAUUUACCAAAGGGGUUGUUCACAACAUACUUAAUGCUCUCAGAGAGGGGGGGGGGAGAUCAAGGAUAACAUUAUGCCAGCUUAUUUUUAUGUGUUGAAGGAUAAGGACCUACGUCACAUAACCAUCAUUAAGUAGAAGUGGGUUGAAAAAUCCCAAAUUUAGCGUUUUGUAUUUCACGAAUAUCCUCAAAGCACUUACAUUCUGAAUUAGUAAAAAAAUUUGUUUAUUUUAAAAAAAGUCCCAUUUUGCGGAACAAUAGAUCACUCUUUAACAUGUUCUUUUUUCUUUUUCUUUUUAAAUUCCAAGAUUAAGUCUCACCUCACCACAGAUUAAUGUUUUUUUGUAACCCAAAAUUCCUUCAUUUUACUUGUCGCAAAUGACCUCAAACAGCUUCUUUAGUGUCGAAUUAUUUCUCUGUAGCAGAACUAAUGGCUCAAUUUUUUCUUCUAAAUAUUCACAAUCGAUUAUGGACUGACAUUAAUCAUUCCAUACUGAGAAUUUCGCGUGAUUGCAUUCUAUUUCUCAUUGCAUUUUCAGCUACCCUUCUCUUCCCACUUACAUUGCUGUUACCUCUUGAGUCAGUGGUUACUAUUGAAACCAUAAAAUGCAAUCAAUGUCAAGUUACUUACUGUUUUUGACAGUAUGUAAUCUUGAAAGUAUUGUUUCAAAGCGGUGAACACAGUUUGAAGUUUAUCAAUCAAAACAUUAUGACAGCUCCACUGUUUCUAUUUCAACUGCGUGUGCCCUAUGACGACCCUUAACUUACAUUUGAACAUCCAUAUACCAACAGUGAAACUGCAGGAAUGUAGGUCUUGGUUUAUAACCUCCUGCCAUGCAUCAUUUUGUAAAUGAAAAAAUAUUCAACGUCAUUUUUGCAAACUUCCCUGAGUUUUCUUCUCUGUGUGAAGUUUAAUCUAUACAAAUUUCAAAUAACUGAGUUGUUUGUUCUCCUUUGAAAAAUUAAAAUAGGAGAUUUUGAAACACCGCAAACGAGAUAUACAUUUUUAUGCAUUUUAUGCUGUUUCACCGUCAAUAUAGAUCAAUAUGCAAGCCAAGGACUGCAUGGUUGAACCUAAAACACCCCUAAGUAUUUCUCAGGUAUCAGCAACAGAUGUUUUAGAAAUGGCAGCUAACGAAAAUGUCGUGUGUUAACUACAUUUUUUUUUCUUUCUGAACAUGAUGAGCUUAUUAACAUGAUUUAGUUUUUUUUUUUUCCAUGGUAUUAUUUUUGCAAGGAAACUUACUCCUUCUUGUUUCUUGUAAAUUAGUUUUAGAGCAGACUGAAAAAUUAAAAGUUUGUUUAACAGUAAUUUUAAUUAACUGAUUAAGGAUCAUUGCAAGACUUCAUUGAUAAAAGCCUUGAAAAGUAACUAUAUGUUUAUGAUAAUUAUUAUGAUAAACAAUGAAUGGGUCAGUGCUCAAGGUAUUUUUCUUUUUCUAAUAAUACCUCCUACAAUAAAGUACUUCGUCAAAUUCAGGUGUAAUUCUCGCCUGUUCUCAGCCUUCUCUCUGUUAAGAAAUACUCGUAUCUCACGAAAAUCAAAUUUCCUGUGAAUUUGUAAUUUUUGUAAAUUGUAUAAUGUGGAUAGUAAAUUUAAUCCGAGGGACCCUUUAUAUUGAAUUUUUUUUAUAUCAUGGUUGUAAAUUAAAAUGUGCAGCACCUGUUGUUUUGGUACAUAAAAUGCAUCUCUCUAAAGUUCAGACCAAUUGCAAAAGAAUUAUCGAAGCUCCGAAAGAUCAAAUGUAGUAGAAAUUAGUCUUUGAAAUUUGAUUUCAAGAAAAGUGUAAGUCAAAUUCAGGUCUCCACAACCACUUGAAACUCUUCACUCACUUUUAUAUCAAAGUUUGUAAUUCAUAUUUCCAUUGCACGGUAAUUCGUAAAAUCUCUUCGAAACAUUUGCAAUGCGUCCUGAAUUUUAGUGAGAUGACUUCAAAUUACAUUGAUACUGAGGAAAUUCGUAUGCUCUUUUUAAAAUUUGAAGAUAAGCUUUCUCAUUUGUGUUUUUGUACUUUAGUCAAUUAGAUAAGUUAUUUAUUACCACUUGUGAAUUCAUAACUUUGUUGUUUUGUUUUAAUUAAACAUUGAAAAACUUUAA